AUGUGCUCGAGCGGGGAAGCAACGGUGGUACUGAAAUCCGACACAUCGAACGGACCGACAACGACAACCGCAGGCAGCACGGCGAAAGGAACGGAAGAGCCGGCAGCUACAACCGGAAGCGCAAAAACCACGCAAACACCACCGACAUCGGGUGCAGCAUCGCAGCAUCAAGGCACCACCACGAGCAGCAACAUCGGCAACUCGUCAAAAGGACACCGGACGUCCCGGGCGAGCAAACAAUCGAUACUGGUGAAUGGGCGAGCCACGAAGACGAACGUAACCGGGCGGCAUCCGAAUCACUUCCACCACCAUCAUCAGCACAGUCAUCACCCGGCGAGUCACCUUCAUCAGCCCUGUUCAACAGCUCAACAGCAGCCAACGAGCGCCCAGCCGCUGCUCAAGCACUAUCACAUUCCGCUGCAGGAUACGUACCACUCGCAGCAGCAGCAGCAGCAGCAGCAACAGCAACCAUUGCAGCCACUCCACCUGUCCACGCUCCGUCUCGGUCAAGGGUCUUGCUUUGCUCCUCCACCACCACCAUCACUACCAUCGUCAAAGGUUCCACCACCUCAGACACUAUCGCUCGCAUUGCCCCCGUGCAAUGGAACGUUCCUGGGGCAACUGUCCGCGUCCUCGUCAACCUCAUCUUCGCACCAUUACCAUCACCAUCAUCACCAUCAUCAUCACCAUCUGCAGCCGUCGUCGGGUCGUAUUGCUACGAUUUCAUCUCCAAUGUCACCGGCCGGUUCCUGUUGUGGCGUUACCCGACCGAACGAGCUGAUGAACUGCUGCCCGGUUCCGGUGGACACGUCACACCCGCUGCGAGUAGCCCCACCGCCCGACGUUCCUACACCGACACUGGUCAAGGUAAAGGCCUGGUAUACGGUCACCAAGCAGGGCCUAACGUAUUGA